AUGAAGACCGCCACCGUCGUUUCCGUAUUGGCCACGCUCGCCGCCGGCUUCAACUUCCAGAAGAGAAGUCCGGUCACCUAUGAGGGCUACCAGGUUCUCCGCGUGAAGACUCUGACCCAAUUGGCAACCGUUCAAGAGAAGCUCGCCACAAUUCCUCACGAGCAAUGGAACCACGACGUCGACACCCACAUUGACAUUGUCAUUUCGCCCGACCAGAUUGACAAUGUUGCGUCUCUAGGACUCGAUUAUCGCAUCCUGCACAAGGAUCUCGGAGAAUCUAUCACUGCCGAAUCCGGGUCUCGCAACACGUAUAAGCGCGACAUCAACGAUCUUUCUUGGUACGACUCGUAUCACUCCUACGCGGAUCAUGUUCGAUACUUUGCCGAUCUUCACGCGGCGUUUCCAGACAACUCUGAGCUUGUUUACUCGGGCCGCUCAUUUGAAAACCGAUCAAUCCACGGAAUCCACCUCUUUGGCAACGACGGCCCCGGGAAGCCUGCCGUGCUCUACCAUGGUACCGUUCACGCAAGAGAGUGGAUUGCAGCUCCCGUGGUUGAGUACAUCACACUUCAGCUCAUCAACGCGCACAAGAAUGCCACCAAUGCUUCAGAUUCCGUCUUGAAUCAAUUUGACUUUCACAUCUUCCCUAUCGUCAAUCCCGAUGGUUUCGUCUACUCCCAGGAAGUUGACCGUCUUUGGCGCAAGACACGCACGCCCCCGCCCCUGAACCAGACCUGCUACGGAACCGAUAUCAAUAGAAACUGGGAGUACGGAUGGGAUGCUAACGCCUUCGGCGCUUCCGUCAACUCGUGCGCCCAAGCCUACCGCGGCCAGAAGCCUUCCGACACCAUCGAAAACCAAGGCCUUGACGCCUACGUUCGCAAGCUGCGCGAUUCCAGCGGCAUCAAGCUGUACAUUGACUGGCAUAGCUAUGGCCAGUACAUCCUUUCGCCGUUCGGUUCCAAGGAGACAUGGUAUGCUCCUGAGCUUGGAAAGUGGACCAAGACUGCUUCGGUGCUCAGCGAGGUCAUUCGCGACAGCUCCGAGAGACGCACUACUUUUACUUUCGGGCCCAGCGGUGCUACUUUAUAUACGACCACGGGCGCUGCUCCCGACCACGUCUAUGCCAUUGGCGGCGCGGAUUUCUCCUAUACCAUUGAGCUUCCUGAUACAGGCGACUUUGGCUUUGUCUUGCCUCCCGACCGUAUUCUCGGUGCUGCGGAGGAGCAGUGGGAAGGACAGCAGGUGCUGUACACUUUGUUGGACGAGGUAUUCUUUGAUGGAAUUGGACUUGCUUAA